UCCUACUCUUUCAGCAUGAACAGCCAGGAAGGUCCGUAUGCAUCGCAGAGAAAACUCGGCCAUGGCUCUCCCAGCUUUGGACCAAGGAAGGACUCGAGCGAUGACCUUAGGAACCUGUCCCUCUCUGGCCAUGUGGGCUUCGACAGCCUCCCUGAUCAGCUGGUCAACAAGUCAACAUCACAGGGCUUCUGCUUCAACAUCCUCUGUGUGGGUGAAACUGGCAUCGGCAAGUCAACGUUGAUGGACACUCUGUUCAAUACCAAGUUUGAAAGCGAACCUGCGACGCACAACGAGCCUGGUGUGAGAUUGAAAGCCAGGAGUUAUGAGCUCCAGGAGAGUAACGUCCGUCUGAAGCUGACUAUUGUCGACACAGUUGGAUUUGGCGAUCAAAUUAACAAAGAUGACAGCUACAAGCCUAUAGUAGAAUAUAUUGAUGCACAGUUUGAAGCCUACUUGCAAGAAGAGCUGAAGAUCAAACGAUCCCUGUUCAAUUACCACGACACCAGAAUUCAUGCCUGCUUAUAUUUCAUUGCACCAACCGGACACUCGCUGAAGUCUCUAGACUUGGUCACCAUGAAGAAGCUUGACAGUAAGGUGAACAUCAUCCCCAUCAUUGCCAAGGCUGACACCAUUGCAAAAAAUGAGUUGCACAAGUUCAAGAGUAAAAUCAUGAGUGAGCUGGUCAGCAAUGGCGUCCAGAUCUACCAGUUCCCGACGGAUGAAGAGACAGUAGCUGAGAUAAAUGCCACGAUGAGUGUCCACCUUCCUUUUGCUGUGGUUGGCAGCACUGAAGAAGUGAAGAUUGGCAAUAAAAUGGCAAAAGCCAGACAGUACCCCUGGGGUGUUGUGCAGGUUGAAAAUGAAAACCACUGUGACUUUGUGAAGCUGCGGGAGAUGCUGAUCCGAGUGAACAUGGAGGACUUGAGAGAGCAGACACACACCCGACACUACGAGCUCUACAGGCGCUGCAAGCUCGAAGAGAUGGGAUUCAAGGACACGGAUCCAGACAGCAAGCCUUUCAGUCUCCAAGAGACUUAUGAAGCAAAGAGGAAUGAAUUUCUGGGUGAGCUCCAGAAGAAGGAGGAUGAAAUGAGGCAGAUGUUCGUCAUGCGAGUGAAGGAGAAGGAAGCAGAGUUGAAGGAAGCAGAGAAAGAUCUUCACGAAAAGUUUGACCAUCUAAAGAGGACACACCAAGAAGAGAAGAAAAAAGUGGAAGACAAAAAGAAGGAACUUGAGGAAGAGCUUAACAAUUUUCAAAAGAAGAAGGCAGCAGCUCAGCUAUUACAGUCACAGGCUCAGCAGGCAGGUUCUCAACAAACCAAGAAAGACAAGGACAAGAAAAAUGCAAGCUUCACAUAAAGCCUGUCAAGCCAAGGAUGUUCCUGCAUUCACCUGCUUUUGCAGUAAUGUGUCUCUGCCAUCUGUUUUCUUUCUUUUUUUAUUUUUCUUUAUUUUUUUAACAUUAAUAACUAUUAGCUCAUCUAAUAACAUAGUGGGAACAAGAAGGAAGAAGGAUUGGGUACAGGACUGUAUGCAACUGGAAGCUCAGGGGUGGGUGGAGGGGCAAGGUAAUGAUACCAUGUAUUUUUCUGGUCAAAACCAGCAGCAGUAAAUAAUUUUUGGCUUCAAAUUUGAACUGAGAGUCAGGGUUGGAUGUCAGCAGCUUGGGUGAACGUCAUUGACUGGAUCAGGUCCUCAGGCUGCUAGCCUCCCCAGCUCUUGGAGGGCUGGCUGCAAUAGCCCUGUGCUGAAAGGGACCCUGGGGAAACAGAAAUCAGCCUCAGGGAGUUACUGCUGUAGGAGGUCACAGCCCAGUCCCUGGUGUGGCUAAACCCUGGAGUUUAGUCCAACCCUUAUUCCUUAAACAGCCAACGAGUUGGGGCAAUAUGAGUCCCGCUGCUGGGGGAGGGGAGGUGGGGGGGUACAUGUGUGUAGAUAACAAAAGUUUAACUGACCUUGCAUGCCAUUACAUUUGCAUGAUAUUUUUUAUUAGUUCCUGUUUUUGUUGUCUGACUUGAUCAUGCUAGUUGGCUUGGAUUUAUCGUCAUGUGCUGGAGUGUUUUCACAGCCACCUUUCCAGUUCAGUGCAGUAGCUCCCUGCUGAACGCUGCGCUGGGAACCAAAUGGUGCCGCAGGGGCCUGGGAGAAGGACCAUUCCUCAUUAUUGCUUUCCAUGUGUUGCUUCCAUAACCUUUGAAAUCUCACUUAAAAUAGUACCUGUUUUCCAGUGUGCAUGAUCUUAGCAAGACUUAGCAGCCCUUAGGGAAUCAAAUGCUUGGGUGGGGGAAGACAAUAGCCUUCAACAGCCUCUGAUGGAGCCUUCAGGAGGAUUCCUGCACGAACUUAAAUAUUUACAAAGCUGUGGGAUCCACAAUUCAUGUCAACAGAGGGAGGGCACCUGGACAUACAUUCUCUGAGCUCCCCACUGGCCCUCCUGCCCAGGGACAAUGUCCCAUUCAGAUGUCCCUUGAACAUGAAAAGAAGAUUUAGCAUAAGCCAGGCCUCGCUCUGUGGCCAGCACGGUAUGGAAAUUGGUCUGUUUAAUGUAUAUUUUCUAUGCCAUUGCUUUUUGGACAGGGUCUUUCCCUUCCUUCCCAAGAAGUGGCGAGCCAUGCUUACCCUCUGACUCCUGGAUUUCUUUCUCUUCUGCUGAUGUACAGCCAGCAUUUCCACUGCUCCUAGCUAGGUAGUCUCCUGUUUCUUUCUAUAAAGCACUCUUAAAAAUAACUUUCUCCACCUAAGUCUCACGCACCGCAGUUUUUUGCUUGUUUCUGGGAUGGAAUUUCUGCCUCUCUAGAGGAAAAUAAAGGCAGAAUUUAUCACCUUUUCUGAAGUGCUAGAUUGGAAAAUGUGUUUGGGGGUUAGCUUCUGGGUUGUCUUUGCUUUUUAACCUUCACUGUUUAAACAUGGCUCUGGGAAAAGGAAAUCUAAAUACGAUGUCUUGGACAGACAGCAGAAAUUGAUUGGAGAUAAAUUUUUGGCUGUACAUCUGGAAACAAAAUAGUUGAGCCUUUCCUCUUGUUUUUUCGUUUGGGUUUUUUUUUUCUGGUGGGUUGUUUAGUGUUUUCUUGUUGUUUAUUUUUUCUUAACACAGGAGGUGCGAGCUAUUAACUGUGAUGCUCUCUUUGCCAGGUUAAAUAGGUUGGCUAGGGGGUUGUUUGGAAAAAUUAAAGUAUGGUUCCUGUGGCUUCUGGCAAAUCCAGCUUUAAAAUCUUGAAUUAUCAAGGAAGAAGUUUGGGUUUGGACAUUUUUUAUUUUUUUUUAUAGUCAUAUCAUAUGCACAUCACCAAAUGCUUGUGGCAAUAUGCUUUGCUUCAGCUGUUUCUGUGCGUGUCCUCUUUUUAAUUACCAGCAUUUUGUGCCAAGUAGAAAACUUAAUUUUAACAUUUAUUUGCCCUGUGUUCUUUAACAGCUUUUCAAGGGAUGUUUGGCAGGAGAAAUCAGCUGAGUCUAGCCAUAUUUUUUUUUUUUUUUUUUUUAUGGAAAGCUGUGGCCAAGUGCAUUAAAGAUAUUUUUGGUUGGGUUUCUUCAGCAAAAACCAAGCUGUUUUGGAGAAACUGGGAAUGAACCCUAAACUUGCAAGAGCUGAAGGUACUGUUUUGGUUUUUUUGCCAAAGGAGAUGUAGAUAACUUCUUGUUCUCCUUAAACCCUGGGCCAUGUUUAGCUUGUUACUGUUGCACUUCUUUCUUCUCUUUACUUAUGCCUUUUUUCACAGUAGCCCCUGAUUCUGCAUGGAGUAAAUGAUACACUCAAAUCUAGUUGGAUGUGCUUUCACUUUUGCAUGUAAGUACAGUAGUAAGAGACUCACCCUUUCUGCCUCGCUACUGAUACAGUUGUGUUUUUCUGGGGGGGAUUCUUUAAGUCCACUUACUUGCAAGUGGCAUUGUUAAAACUGCUCGAAAACUUUCCGCAAUCAUCUGCUUUUGCUGCGAUGUUGAAAAGAAGCCAGAGGGAACACGGCAUCCAGCUCCUGUUGAAUGCCUAAAGCAACCCUGCACAGCUUCUCUGCAUGCUCGAAGCCAGCAAGGCAGCUGGUGAAGCUGGACAGAUGGUUGCAUGGGCCCAAGCCUUGCCUGAGAGGCACUGCAGCCUUUCACGUGCUUUAGACAGCAACGAUAACCAGCUGUUAAUGCUGCAUGUUUCUGACAAGGUGGAUUUCAAACCUUAGAAUAAUAUACAGGAGUAAGAAAGCACACCAAAACUUGUGUUUCUGGGAUGAUAGUGUUCCCAGGGCAUGGAAUGAACCCCCAGAAUGGGAAAACAAACAAAAUCCAGGUGGCUGAGAGGGGCUGCAGCUGCUCUGUCGAGGUGGGCAUGUGUGCAUCCAGCAGGCAGCCGGAAAGGUGGAGAUGAGUAAGCGUUUGCUCCCCUGAAACCUCACUGGGGUUGCACAGUUACCUUCCAGGAGGGCAGUGAGUAGGCAGGAGCCCUUCUUGCUCAUGGUCAUUACAUGCAUUGCCUUGCAUCUCCUGUGGUGUAUGAUGCUGCCGGGGAGGGCAAAGCAGCGACUGGCACCCACCCUGGGUUCCUCUGCAGCCUGGAAACUGCAACUUGUGUCACCCCCUCCACGUGUUUUUGACGGCUUGAAAUCCUCUCCAGGAGAUUUGUAUCUUUGUGUCUCUCUUUAAGCAUGUUUUUUAUUUAACAUGACCAGUGUUUCUCCAGGUAGCUUCAUCCUGCUUCUCCUAAAACGUCCAAGUGAGAAUGGGAAUGUCUUUUUGUGUGUGAUCAUAUCAGAUAUGUCCAUUUGAAUCUGGUUACCAUUUGCCCUUCUAAGAUGUUAGAAGAGUGCGUAUUUGUCUCUUCUCCAAGGACCCUGGUUGCAUUUGCAGUACAUGAUAUCCAUAACGCUUUCAUCAGCGUGUAUCAGCGUGGAACUGUACAAAUAUGAAGGGUUUUUUAAUUAACGGAAAAUAAAGCUGUGAACAGCGGUAGAAAUAUUGUAUUUGUAUACAUUUUUAAUAUCCUGAUUGCCUUAAACUAUAGAUGUAGAACUUUAUUACCUUGCUAUUUGAAAAUAACCCGUGUUUGUAACUGAGUUGUGUAACCUACAUACAGUGUUAAUGCAAAUUAUAUGUAUGCAUCUGAUAGAUACUGUCACUUUAUUUGAUGUUAAAAUAUUUCAGUUUUUGAAUUACAAAUUGAAUAAUAACCUUCUAGCAUAAGCUCAGUUAUUUCUUGUAUAUGCUUUAGAUUACAUACACAAAUAGUGGCAACAUUUGAAGUGGGGAGAGGAAAUAUAUUUUUACCCAAA